UCUCGGCCUCCUCCGCCCCCACACUCAGCCCAGAGGGGCCUCCCCUUUCCGCCGCCGCUCUCUAGUCCUUUAAAUCCUAGAGGCAAACUUUUGGGGGAUAAGGAAGGCUGGGAGGGGCCUGCGCCUUAACCCUCUCUGCCCCGGGCUGACGGACUGAGCCGGGCUGGGCGGUGACUCUGCGCCGGUUUGGGUUCCUACCAUGGCCCCUGAAAGGGGCUGACGCUUCAGUUCCCGGUGCAGGUGAGAUCCCGCCCGGAGGAAGAAGGAAGAAGGCGCGGGCCUGGGACUAGGAGGCGGAGGCGGGCUCCGAACCAAGGAGAGGGGGGUCCCAGCCUGAGCCGGAGCUUGAGAGCGCGCCUGCCCCGCUCAGCGAGGACCGCGAGAUGCCGGUGCUGAAGCAGCUGGGCCCGGUGCAACCCAAGAAGCGGCCAGAGCGCGGCGCCCUGUCCAUCUCCGCGCCGCUCGGCGACUUCCGGCACACGCUGCAUGUGGGGCGCGGCGGCGAUGCCUUCGGGGACACGUCGUUCCUGAGCCGCCACGGCGGAGGGCCGCCCCCCGAGCCCCGGGCGCCGCCCGCGGGGGCCCCGCGCUGCGCGCCGCCGCCCGCCGUGCCGCAGCCCCCGCCGCCCGCCCUGCGCGCGCCCGCGCCCGCCGACCCGCUGCUGUCCUUCCACCUGGAUUUGGGCCCCUCCAUGCUGGACGCGGUGCUGGGCGUCAUGGACGCGGAGCGCCCGGGGGCCGCGGCCGCCAAGCCCGACGCAGACCCCGGCUCUGGGGUGCGGCACCCCAGGGCCCGCUGCAGCCCCAGCGCGGACCUCGAGCUGGACGACGUCAUCGGCCUUUAGG